AUGGUGCCCCUCAAUCGGAGAGAAGGAGCCUCCGAGGGCCUUGGGGACCUGGGCCGCCCUGUAAGUCAGGUGCUGGCCAGGAGUCCCGGGCGCUUUGCAGUGCAGGCCGUGGCUGAAGCCCCCCUCACAGGAACGAGCCCUCCCUCGCCCUUUAGAGGGUGCAGGUUGAGGAAGUGCUGUGCCGGAGGGCGCAGGCCCACCUCUGGCUGGGGUGACCUCCCCCUGGUUGGGGUCGAGGUUGCUCGCUGGGCUCCUGAAGAAGUACAUGGCGAUGAUGAUGAUGAUGAUGGUGCUGCUGCUGAUAAUGCUGAUGAUGGUGGUGUUGUGGUACAGCCAGGAGGCCCGCCCAUAACUUGGGCGCAGGUCGGAGCCUUGGGCUCCUUGGGCCUUGUUGGGAAUCUCCGGCCCCGGCCUUUCAGAGGCUCGGGGCUGGGGCCGCCGGCCCCCCGGCCUUUGGCCGUGAAGCUCCACUACCUGGCUGUUGAGUCUCGUUCCUGUUGCUGUGAGGGGACAGCCGAGCUCUCUGGCUCCCUGGGUGUCGACCUGCCUGUAAUCAGGGUCCGGGUCUGGGAGCCUUUGCGCUCCCUCCGCUGGCAGCCUGUGUGGGGUGACCGCCCCGCUAGUGGGGUGCGGGUCAUGGUGCCCCUCAAUCGGAGAGAAGGAGCCUCCGAGGGCCUUGGGGACCUGGGCCGCCCUGUAAGUCAGGUGCUGGCCAGGAGUCCCGGGCGCUUUGCAGUGCAGGCCAUGGCUGAAGCCCCCCUCACAGGAACGAGCCCUCCCUCGCCCUUUAGAGGGUGCAGGUUGAGGAAGUGCUGUGCCGGAGGGCGCAGGCCCACCUCUGGCUGGGGUGACCUCCCCCUGGUUGGGGUCGAGGUUGCUCGCUGGGCUCCUGAAGAAGUACAUGGCGAUGAUGAUGAUGAUGAUGAUGGUGCUGCUGCUGAUAAUGCUGAUGAUGGUGGUGUUGUGGUACAGCCAGGAGGCCCGCCCAUAACUUGGGCGCAGGUCGGAGCCUUGGGCUCCUUGGGCCUUGUUGGGAAUCUCCGGCCCCGGCCUUUCAGAGGCUCGGGGCUGGGGCCGCCGGCCCCCCGGCCUUUGGCCGUGAAGCUCCACUACCUGGCUGUUGAGUCUCGUUCCUGUUGCUGUGAGGGGACAGCCGAGCUCUCUGGCUCCCUGGGUGUCGACCUGCCUGUAAUCAGGGUCCGGGUCUGGGAGCCUUUGCGCUCCCUCCGCUGGCAGCCUGUGUGGGGUGACCGCCCCGCUAGUGGGGUGCGGGUCAUGGUGCCCCUCAAUCGGAGAGAAGGAGCCUCCGAGGGCCUUGGGGACCUGGGCCGCCCUGUAAGUCAGGUGCUGGCCAGGAGUCCCGGGCGCUUUGCAGUGCAGGCCGUGGCUGAAGCCCCCGUGAGCAGGGGUGCUCAGCCUCCUCUUUGGCCGUUGCUUUGCAUGCCCAGCCAAUUUGCCCAGGGUGCCCGCCUGCGAGCCCUGCUCCAGCCCCGGCCAGAACUCUGCUGUGCGUCGCUCUGCAGCUGAUGGACAACAGAAAAGAGGCGGCGUGUGGAACGGGGAGGCAAGGAGCGGCGUCGGGCUGAAGAGGGGGCACGGGAAAGGCACCCUGGGCAAAGGGACCUCCCUGUGGGCACAGGGCGAGGUCAUGUAAGAGCAUGGUGGGCACCUUUAGGGUGCCCUGGUGGGGUUUUUGUGCUGGGCGACCUCCCUGUAAGCAGGGCUCGGGUCUUUGCUCCUGUUGGUUUUGGCCUUUGGCCGUCUUGCUCCUUUGGCUGCCCGGAGAGCGUGGCGACCCUGUAAGGAGGGUGAGAGCCAGCGCCUCCGCACCCGAGGGGGAAAUGGAGCUCUCUGGACCCCCAGGCCACCCUGUAAACAGGGGAGGGCCGUUUCCCCGUCCCGCUCCUCUGCCCCGGCGGCUUUCUGCCUGCUGGCGGCCUGCCCAGCAUGACCCCCUGGUGUCAGGGUGUGUCGCAGCAUUUUCCCCUUGGCGUGUUGAGGCUCUCUGGCUUCCACGCAGCCCAGGGGCUGCUCUGAGGCUCUCCUGUCUUGCUCGUGAGUAGGGUGACUCCCCUGACAUUGGCUGCAUGGAGUCCGUCUCCUUUUUGGGAUGUUCUGUUUUGUGUUUGUCUGUCCUUGUCAGUGUGAGUGAGCGAGCGAGUGAGCUUGUCCUUUAGGCCACUGUUAAAAUCACUGCAGUUUAGCUUAAACCUCCCAGGAGGGAGAGCAGGUCUCUGUGCAGUAACAGGGGGGUCUCCUCUGAGUCCGCGAGCGGAGGGAAGGUCUGGGCUUGCCCCUUCUUUCGAAGGAUAGCGCCAAGCCGCUUAGUCGUGGUGCGGGCAACGCGACCUGCCUGUAGUCAGGACCUGGGUCUCUGCCUGCGUGGCUGCCUGUCCUGCUGGUGACCUGCCAGCGUGACCCCCUGUUGUCAGGGCGUGUCGCAGCACUUGCUCCUUGGCGUGUUGAGGCUCUCUGGCUUCCACGCACAGUCACAGUGCAUGGAGCCCAGUGUUCCCAGGAGCAGCCCCAGCUUGCUUUAAGCAGGGCUUGGGAGGCUGCUUUAGCAGCUCACAGGAACGAGCCCUCCCUCGCCCUUUAGAGGGUGCAGGUUGAGGAAGUGCUGUGCCGGAGGGCGCAGGCCCACCUCUGGCUGGGGUGACCUCCCCCUGGUUGGGGUCGAGGUUGCUCGCUGGGCUCCUGAAGAAGUAUGUGGCAAUAAUGCUGAUGCUGCUGCUGAUAAUGCUGAUGAUGGUGGUGUUGUGGUACAGCCAGGAGGCCUGCCCAUAACUUGGGCGCAGGUCGGAGCCUUGAGCUUCUUGGGCCUUGUUGGGAAUCUCCGGCCCCGGCCUUUCAGAGGCAUGGGGCCGGGAGGUGUGGGGCCGUGCGUGUGCCCCCCUUGUGCUCGGGGCUGGGGCCGCCGUCCCCCCGGCCUUUGGCCGUGAAGCUCCACUACCUGGCUGUUGAGUCUCGUUCCUGUUGCUGUGAGGGGACAGCCGAGCUCUCUGGCUCCCUGGGUGUCGACCUGCCUGUAAUCAGGGUCCGGGUCUGGGAGCCUUUGCGCUCCCUCCGCUGGCAGCCUGUGUGGGGUGACCGCCCCGCUAGUGGGGUGCGGGUCAUGGUGCCCCUCAAUCGGAGAGAAGGAGCCUCCGAGGGCCUUGGGGACCUGGGCCGCCCUGUAAGUCAGGUGCUGGCCAGGAGUCCCGGGCGCUUUGCAGUGCAGGCCGUGGCUGAAGCCCCCGUGAGCAGGGGUGCUCAGCCUCCUCUUUGGCCGUUGCUUUGCAUGCCCAGCCAAUUUGCCCAGGGUGCCCGCCUGCGAGCCCUGCUCCAGCCCCGGCCAGAACUCUGCUGCGCGUCGCUCUGGUCCUGAGACGAAAAUGAGCUCUAUUGAACUCCUUUUCUAGUGUCUCUUUCAGUAUUCUAGUGUUGUUUUGUCCUUUCUGAUACAUUCUUUGCUCAAUAAAAUAUUUUUUCCGUGUCUGUUUUA